CCAAGACGUCGAUUGCAGCCUUGCCUUAGGAAAGUUACAUGGGUUCUAUUGAAAUGCGGAUUACAUGUAGCUCGGCGGACGUUAAGUUUUUGCAUUAUCGUUCUUGAUCAAGGAUGUUCAGGCAGUGCCCAUUAUUUAGUGUAUCAAUUCUACUAAUCAUUUUCGGACAGUUAUAUGGAAUUUCAUGGUUGUGAUGGAAUGUGUUGAGCGCGAGAUUCGUCAGAGCCUAUCCUUGAGACAGUUAUAUCACAAUGGGUGGUUACGAAGAUCUAAUGAGUGGGGAUCCCCCAUCAGAUGCAAUAUGGAUUCUCUCGAGUACCUUUAUCAUAUUUACCAUGCAGUCAGGCUUCGGACUGCUGGAAAGUGGUUCAGUCACACCAAAAAACGAGGUCAACAUUAUGGUCAAGAACGCUGCUGACGUUAUCUUUGGAGGGUUCACCUACUGGAUAUUUGGCUAUGCAUUUAGUUUUGGGGAGGAUGAACCCAUAACAAACUUCUUCUGCGGCUGGGGAAACUUCUUCGUCCAUGUUGAGAAUGAGACCGAUAUUGGCUGGGUCUAUUCCAAGUUCUUUUUUCAAGCGUCUUUCGCGACUACAGCCACUACUAUUGUAUCAGGUGCAAUGGCUGAACGCAUCAAACUUGAAGCGUACAUUGUAUUCUCCUUGCUCAAUACUUUUGUAUUCUGCUUCCCUGCUCAUUGGGUUUGGGGAGGACAGGGUUGGCUCGCCAAUCUGGGCGUGAUUGACAUUGCAGGAGCAGGUCCCGUCCAUCUCGUCGGAGGCGUUACUGGGUUGAUAUCUACGUUGAUGCUGAAACCUCGGCAUGGUCGGUUUGACUCGGUGAGGGCUCCACCAAUGGGCUCACCGACCAAUGCAGUUCUGGGAAUGUUCAUGUUAUGGUGGGGAUGGUUAGGGUUCAACUGCGGCAGCACUUUUGGAAUCUCGGGCUCAAAAUGGAAAUUGGCCGCUAGGUCGGCUGUUGCGACCAUCACGGCAUCCAUGGCAGGUGGAAUUGUGGGCAUGACUUUCAGCUACAUAGUGAAGAAGAGGAAGUUUGACGUGGCCUUGAUGAUCAAUGGGAUAUUGGGAUCGUUGGUAGGAAUAACAGGAUACUGUGCCUUGGCCCAGCCGUGGGAGGGGUUCGUCAUUGGGUCAGUUGGGGGUCUCAUCGGUGUUACAGGGGAUCUUCUUUUAGAUCACCUGAAGAUUGACGACCCAGUAGGUGUCGUUCCAGUCCAUUGUUUGGGUGGCAUUUGGAGUUUGCUCGCAGUUGGUCUUUUCACCAGGCAGGACGCCUUGCGACCACUUCUCAAGGUCCAACGAACCAAUGACACUGGUCUCUUCCAUGGAGGAGGUUUCAGACUGCUCGGUGUUCAAACUCUCGCCGUACUGAGCAUAUCUGCAUGGACAAUCGUCGUGGCGUUCAUCUUCUUAAAACUAAUAGACUUAACGAUUGGAUUACGACUAUCAUUGGAGCACGAACUUCUUGGGGCAGAUAUUGUAGAACACGAUAUAGGUGACGUUAUAUAUGAUAAACAAAAAAAUAGGAUCGUAGCGAUAAAUGGACAGUGUUUGGACGAUGUCAUGGACGGGGCAGACGACCACAACCGAGAGGAUGUGAAAUCAAGAACGGCGCAUAAUUCGAAACGAAAAACGAGAACUUUCAGUGAUUUCCGGACAGCGCGAAGGUUCACAGUGAGUUCCAACAGCCAUCAAAACAAUGCAUACAGUAAUGGAAAAUUAAAUUCACCCGCUAGUUUGCGGAGGUUUUCUACGCAGAGCCUUCACGGAGACCUCACGGGACGACCCCGCUUACGAAUGAGGCGUGGAAGCUCGGCUUACGGAAAACGCAUUAAUAGUCCAUUAAAUAGUCUUGACUUUUUUCGUGAAGCUAGUAUAUUUCAUAUCAGUGAUAGACAUUCGGGCGUUGUUACAAUUCCCAAUUUAACCGAAGUUGUGACAAACGUUGACGAAAGGGGACAGGCGAACAGAAAUGGCGUCUCGCGUUCUAGUAUAAAUGGUCGAAACGGCAGUGGCGGCGUGUUGAAUGACUCUUUUGAUAUGGAGGAAGAAAAAACGGAGACAGUCAUUAACGAACCUUAUUUGGUACUACGGAAUGGAAUUGGCCAAAAUGCUCACAAUCCAACUAUUCUUUUGAACGAGGAUGUCGAACCUCCGGAGGCAGUCGUUAAUUUAAAUGACGCCUCAACAUACCUUUGAUUUGAAAUGCGAUUAGUGUCUUGCCUUCGUAUCCAUUUGAUAUUAGAUGUUUGAUACUCACUGUCUUUUUACCUCGUUUAGGUUACUACCCUAACGUUAUAAAUUUAUAUGUUUUCGGCCGCUUUAUCAAUUCCGUACUCUUAGAACAGUCAUUACCCUGCGGAGGCGAUAGCCUAAUUUAGUUGGUUAUAGUCGUAUUUUCGAUAAGAAAUCUUGUUUAUGAUUGCGUAAAGAGUGCCUGCCGCUAUGAGAAGCGUAAACCAAACUUGCAAUAUGCUUUUUCUCUGAAUCCUUGCAUCAAUUCUUCCUGCAAACUUUACUACUCUGUCCAUACGAUGGUAGUCCAUGGCACGCCAGAGGGUUUUCUUGGAAGAAAAUCGGAAUUAUGUGCUUUUUUGUAGAAAUAACAUUGUUGCAUAGAAUAAACACGUUGUUCACGAAUUAUUGCCUGUAGAAUCUCUGAAACUGGUUAUACGGCGCAAACAUGGGUGGUAAUCUUAAUGAACAACCACAAAAUACCAUGUUCUGCAAUUAUUCUAUCUGCAAUGUUUAACUAAACACAUCAUUUGUAUUCAGU